AUGGCGACGACGGCGUUGAAAGAGCCGAAAACUGAACAAGGGGAAGCAGAUACAGAAGCGAAUUCGUCCUCAACCCAAAUCCCAAAUGAUAAAGAAGCUCUAUUGGAUUACAUGGACCAGCGUGCGAAUUCAAUUCAACGCCUUAAAGACCAAAUUUCAAGCUUCGAGAGAAAGCUUGAUGAAGAGAGAAAACUGCUGGCAGAUGCGGAGGCCAAAUUUAUACAAGUUGAUAAAGCUGAAAAUGCAACCUCUUCCAAGACAAAACCAAAGGCUCCUGAAAGUUUACUUGGUAUAUCAGAGUUCUGGACCAAGGCGAAACCUGCGAAUGGAACCUCCUCUACUACUCCACAUCCACGUAGUGAGAUGGAAUCUGAAACCUCUACUCCACACAACACACGCAGCGAGAUGGAAUCUCAAACCUCUACUUCACACACACGCAGUGAGACGAGAUCCUCGAAGUUGCCAUCCAUUAUUUUACCGCCUUCUUUCAAGCGAAGAGCUCCUGCUUCUGUUAGACCAGAAGUGAGUGAGACCAGCCGAGCUGAACCAAUGGCUACAAGGGAUUAUAACAUUCCAACAGAAGUAAGAAGUGCUCCUGAUGCCAAGAGAUCUCGUACUAUUCCUAAUGAAGUGGUUAGGGAGACUCAGGUUCAAGAUCGAGAUAACUACACUAGUAAGGAUUUUGCAAAGCCGAGGAUCAGAGUUUCUCCUAACAAUUCUGGACAACCACAACAGGAAAAAACUGAAUUCCAAGGACAUGAUGAGUUGAUAGCGAUUAUAGGUAGGAGCUCUUUGCGUGCCACAAUUCAAAAUCGUACUGUUGCUAUGAUACCAAGUGGCCACACAAAAAGAAUGAGAAGUCUUGCUCUUUCUCCUUCAAACCGCGAGCUAUUUGCUACAAGUGCAUUGGAUGGGGUGGUUCAUUUUUGGAAGCUUCAUUCUGAUAGGUCCACAGCUACUCUGUUUAAGACGGUUAAUAGGAUAACAGUAGAUCAGAAGAAAUGGGCAGAAGAUAUAGCUUGGCAUCCACACAAGAGUGCACUUUUCUCCGUGUAUACUGCAGAUGAUGGUCACCCUCAGAUAUCAGCUGCAUAUCUGAACGAAGCUCGAGAGAGUUGCGAGUCAAAGUUUAUGAAGGACAGGCCUCACAGCAAAGGUCUUAUCAACAGAAUCAUGUUCACGCCUUGGGAUGAUCCUUGUUUCAUCACAGGCGGGUGUGACCAUGCAGUAGUGUUGUGGCGGGAGCAAAGCAAGAACGAUGAGUGGAAGUCGACGCUUCUCCACAAGGACUUUCACUCAUCAGCUGUGAUGGGAGUAGCUGGAAUGCGCCAUAACAAUCUCGUCUUGUCGUGUGGAGACGAUAGGAGAUUUGUCGGAUAUGAUGCCCGAGAAGAAAAACUCACGUUUAGGCAUAGACUAGACAACAGAUGCACAAGCUUGCUCCCAAACCCGCGUGAUGUUAAUCUUGUCAUGGUUCACACAAGGCAGCUAGAUCGGCAGCUGAGGUUGUAUGAUGUGAGAUUGCCUCAGACGGAACUGUUUUCUUUCGGAUGGAAGCAAGAAAGCAGCGAGUCGCAGUCGGCUCUGAUCAACCAGUCUUGGUCUCCAGACGGUUUACACAUCUCAUCUGGCUCUGCAGAUCCUGUGAUCCACAUCUUUGAUAUCCGCUACAAUGCACCGAGCCCUUCUCUGUCGAUUAAAGCUCAUAAGAAGAGAGUGUUCAAAGCUGAGUGGCACUCUUCUCUUCAGCUACUCGUCUCCAUCUCAUCAGAUUUAGAAAUUGGGAUUCACAAGAUAUGCCGUCGCCGUUGGCUAACCCUCGCCUAUUCGAUUCGCAAAUCUCCUCCCCUUUUACAGUCUAUAAGGUGUGUGAAGCUAAGGCUCAGUUCGUCGAUGGCUUCGCCAGAGGAGAUGGAUGCUACAUCAGAAAUUCCGUCCCCGCCAAAAAACACUUACAAGGAUCCCGACGAUGGACGGCAACGAUUCUUAUUGGAACUUGAAUUCGUGCAGUGUCUCGCCAAUCCUACUUACAUCCACCACCUGGCACAGAAUCGGUAUUUUGAAGACGAAGCAUUUAUUGGCUACUUGAAGUAUCUUCAAUAUUGGCAGCGACCAGAGUACAUCAAAUUCAUAAUGUACCCACACUGCCUAUACUUCCUCGAACUUCUUCAAAACCCAAACUUCAGAGCUGCUAUGGCCCAUCCUGCAAACAAGGAACUGGCACAUAGACAACAGUUUUACUACUGGAAGAACUACAGAAACAACAGGCUGAAGCACAUUCUACCUCGGCCUCUUCCAGAACCUGUAGCUCCACCACCACCACCAGCUGCACCUUCAGCUCCUCUGCCACUUGCGCCAUCUGCAGCUGCUGCUCUCUCCCCAGCUCUUUCUCCAAUGCAGUACAGUAAUAUGCUUCCUAAGAACGAACCGAGGAAUAUGGGUCCUGCUGGAAUUGAUCGCAGGAAGAGGAAGAAGGGUCCAUAA